AUGCCGAGAUUCGCGGGCGGCUUCGCCCGCUUCAUUACGAUGGUCGGAUAUCACCACGUGCUGAUGAUUAUCAUUGCUAUUAUUAUCAUCCUUCUCUCUAACUCACAUAACCACUCAGCGCUGCUGCUCGCAGGAUGCUCUUCAUCAUCGCCUCAAAUGCCAACAAUUUUCCUGAUCUCUAUGUACUAUGAGCGCUACGACCCAAUAUUUGACCUCGCGCAGGUCGACCCUGGAGUUGUUACCGCUACAGCAAACAUCGUUGGAGGUGCUCAGCUGGAGGUUCGCGUAGGAUAUUUUGGCAUUUGUGUCCAACCAGACGGUGGAUCUUACAUCUGCAAUAACAACGCAACCGCACUUGCAGAGAUCCUAACUCUCGAUCAAGACCCGCUAAAUCUCGUCUGGGUUGCAUCAACGUUCAAGGAUGCAGUCGUUUUCCCGUACCUGAUAAUUAUUGCCAUUAUCCUUGCUUUUAUCUGCUUUAUUAUCCUUGCCACUUUCCCUGGCUGGCACGAAGGAACCGAUGCGACUGGCUCCGAAGUUGAAUAUAAGCCGUUUCCUUCCCGCCCUGUAUCCCAGGUCGCGCUGGCCUUGAUCUUCGUGGCAGCAGUUUUCGUGCUGGUAUCAGUUCUGUGGCAGCAUACGGCAUCUGUGGGCGCAAGCACGAUAGCUCAAGAUUUGGGGAACGGGAGUGUUAAGAGCGGCGUCGGGACUUCCGCGAUGGUCUUGGGUUGGUUUGGAUUCGCCUUGAUGGUGGUCGUGACGAUCGGACUGCUAUUCAUGAUUCUAAAUUUGCGGUUGUUAAGGCAACUGACUGACGAUGAGCCCUAG